GGGUCAGGAGGACGACGAUGCCCUAGUCAGGUGACUGCUUAGCUCAGCCGACGUCAUCCGCUUCCGAUCCUAUCGGCCGUCGCAUCCGAAGGGAUCCUCUUCGCCAUCCCGCAUUCUUCCUGCUUUCCACUUCUUCCGAUGCCCAUCGUCUCUGCGGGGUUGAGCUGCUCAAUCAUGCCGUGCACGCUUGCUGGUUCGCCUCUUCCGGCGGCCCAAGACGAUCGGUUCCAUGGCCUAGCCUGCAUCCGCCCGACGGACAAUCUCUCGGAAUUGACCCGGGGACAUGGGUGCUUUCUUUCAGCUCUCUGAAGACUCAAUGGUAUUUAUACUUUAGCCGCUCAUUGGGUUAUCGGUUGCGCGAUUAUCUUCGACUGACACAAUGGCUCCGAGUUCGGAUGCGGGCAUUGCCUACUCGCCCGUUCGAGAGGCAGGCCGAAUCUUCUCCCUGCUUUUCGACCAAGCGGAGGGACUCAGCUUGCCUUCCGAGGUAGUGCAGAAGAAAGAUGACGUGUCGUUCUACUCAGCUCAUGAUCAAAUCUACUACCCGAUUCCUUUCAAGGAAACGGAGACGCUGGCUGCGCUGAAGGGUGUAGAGGGGUCGGUAGCUGCUGCAAUCGCAGAUCUACGAUAUGGGUCUGCCUCGCAACAGAGGAAAGUCAAGGUCAAUCUGGAACGGGCCACAGCCUUUGGUUGUCAGGCUUAUAUGGCGAAAGUGGAUGGAUUGUCGAAGUUGGACCCGGAGGUCAAGAAGAAGUUGAAAGAUACUGACCUGCUCGCCGCUCAAUCGAAUGGCUACCGUCGGAUGUCUGCCAAUCUUUACAAAACUAAAAACGAGGGAGAGUUCUUCCACAUUCAUGGCUCUCUCGAGGCCUCCACCACGUUGAAUAUGAUCGGACUAGAUGGACAUCGGCCAGAUCUGACGGAUUACGAGGAGGUCAUCAAGGUCAUUGAAAGCCACGUGCAGAAGUACAGCGCGGCGGAAUUGGAGACCAUGAAUGCGGAGAGGAGGCAAGCGGGUGUCACAGCUCUCAAACACGAAGACUUUAUUACAACUCCACAUGGACAACUCAACGUACAACAGCCUCCGUGGAAGGUAUCCCGUCUCAGUGGAGACCUGCCUCCGACGCCCUUCCCCCCUAGCCGCAGCGGAAGCAACAAGAAGAUCCUCGAAGGUGUCAAGGUCCUCGAACUAUGCCGCAUCAUUGCUGGGCCUACAGUCACACGAAUCUUGACCGAAUACGGAGCCGACGUAUUGAAAAUCACCAGCCCAGAUCUCUCCGAUGUGCCAUUCUUCCAGGUUGAUGGCAACAUGGGCAAGCACGCCGCUGAUCUCAACCUGAAGACCGAGGAAGGACGUCGCCAAUUCGAAGAAUUACUAACCGAUGCGGACGUUCUCGUUGAUGGGUACCGCCCCGGAGCCCUUGAGAAAUUAGGCUAUGGCCCGAAUGCGCUCGCGUCACUAGGCGAGAAGCGCGGAAAGGGAUUCGUUUAUGUAAACGAGAAUUGCUUUGGGUAUGAAGGAGAAUGGGCCGGUCGCCCUGGCUGGCAACAAAUCGCGGACUGCGUUACCGGCGUGGCGUGGGCGCAGGGACAGUUCAUGGGUCAUUCGACCCCAAUGGUGCCUCCAUUCCCCAUUUCCGACUAUGGCACCGGCUGCAUGGGUGCCAUCGCCGCCCUUACCGGUCUCUACCUCCGAGCAAAGCACGGCGGCUCCUACCACGGCAAGUCUUCGCUGAUGCACUACGAUCUGCUGCUCUUCGCCGUCGGCAAGUAUUCCGAAGCCGUCCAAGAGAGGAUGCGCGCGGCGCAGGCCCCCGAGUUUUUCCAGCUGCGUCACUGUGACAGCGUCGACCGUAUCUCUUCGACGGUACUGAAGAUCAUGCAAACUAGAUAUCCCCACCUCUAUCUAUCUGCCGAUCAGGCUGGAGAUGCCGCAUUGACCGAGAAGUGGCAUUCCAAGGCCUACAACGCCGAUAUAGAAGUGGUCCGAUCAGUCUGCGAGAUCGACGGGGUUGACAACCAGUUCACGCGGGCCAGUCGACCGAAUGGGACCGAUCGACCGAGCUGGGAGGAUUUCGCGACGGCCGAGGAAGACUACAGGAAGGCUUGAUUGGAGCCUGAUAGACUUAUAUACUCCGCCUACGAUAUCAAUCCUGUAAGACUCAUCUCACCUGAUGUAUGUGGCAGAGUCCAUAACCAUCGAUGUAAAUAGCAAUUAAGAGUCCACUUUCCAUUUCAC